CCAACCACAGCCACACUUCCACAGCCACCACCACCACAUUCACCUAUACAAAAAAAAACUCGGGGGUGCAAAGGUACAACCGCGGUACCGCCGAAACACCGAAGCACCGAAGUGUACGAACUAACCUACCAAAACCUGCAACUUACGAGCCUCUUCGUUGCCGGUCUAGCAGCCGACAAAGCCAAACCGUGCCACAACGCGGUUAAAAAAAACCCGAGGCGAGCGCGCCGCAUACGCUUCUUACCGUGCCGCAAAGCAACAUACGGCGCUUUUCUCGGUUGA